CAACGCAGUGGAAGAGGGAGCAGCUGACUUCAGACUCCGGGCUGGUGUGUGCACGCGCGUGUUCCUGCAGCUUCAUCUCCACAGAGCAAUCCAGUCAAAAUGGUGAUCCAGAGGCUUCCAUGCUUCACUGCCAUAAUACUGUUGGUAUUAAAGCUGGCCAGUGCCCAGUUUGAGCAGCUCGGUUACCCUCCGGGCUACCCGGACCAGCCGGAGGAGCAGUACACCCCCCCGGUGCUCCCACCAGACACUCCCAGGAUCCAGCUCCGGCUGGCGGGGGAUAAGAGGAAGCACAACGAGGGCCGGGUGGAGGUUUACUACAAAGGUGAGUGGGGGACGGUCUGCGACGACGACUUCAACAUCCACGCUGCCCAGGUGGUGUGCCGGGAACUGGGAUACCUGGAAGCCGUCUCGUGGUUGCCGUCUGCAAAAUACGGAAAAGGAGAAGGACCCAUCUGGUUUGACAAUCUCCACUGUGGCGGCAAAGAAAGUACUUUGGCGGUGUGUCAGUCGAAUGGGAUCGGCGUUUCGGACUGCAAGCACAGUGAAGAUGUAGGCGUGGUGUGCAGCGACAGGAGGAUCCCGGGAUUUAAAUUCGUCAACACACUGCCCAACCAUGUGGAGAACCUUGAUAUUCAUGUGGAGGACGUACGGAUACGAGCCAUCUUAUCAUCAUUCCGUAAGCGGAUCCCUGUAACAGAGGGCUAUGUGGAGGUGAAGGACGGUGGCAAGUGGAAGCAAAUCUGCAACGCAGAGUGGACCCAGUUCAACAGCAGAGUCAUCUGUGGCAUGUUCGGUUUCCCGGGAGAGAGAAAGUACAACGCCCGAGUCUACAAGAUGUUUGCCCGCAGGAGGAAACCAUUUUACUGGGACUUCUCUGUGAACUGCACUGGCAACGAAGCCCACUUGUCCAGCUGCAGACUGGGCCAGUCCACGCUGGUGAAGUCCAACGGCUCGUGUGCUGAAGGUUUGCCGGUGGUCGUGAGCUGCGUGGCUGGAAGAGCCUUCUCCCCAACCCCCAUGACAGGAUUCAGGAAGGCUUUCAAACAAGAGCAAACGUUGGUCCGUCUACGUGGUGGGGCCAUUGUCGGUGAGGGCCGGGUGGAGGUGUUGAAGAAUGGAGAGUGGGGAACCAUAUGUGAUGAUAAAUGGAACCUGCAGUCUGCAACCGUGGUGUGUCGAGAGCUGGGCUUCGGCACCGCCAAGGAAGCCAUGUCCGGAGGUCGGCUCGGACAAGGUAUGGGUCCCGUGCACAUGAACGAGGUGCAGUGCUCAGGAUUUGAGAAGUCCAUCACCGAGUGUCUCUUCAACAAGGAGAGUCUUGGUUGCAGCCACGAGGAGGAUGCAUCUGUCAGAUGUAACGUCCCCGCUAUGGGCUUCCAGGAGCGGCUGCGUCUGAGUGGAGGUCGUAACCCGUACGAAGGCCGUUUGGAGGUGCUGGUGGAGAAGAAUGGCUCUCUGGUGUGGGGGACGGUGUGCAGCGAGGGCUGGGGAACCAUGGAGGCCAUGGUGGUCUGCAGACAACUGGGCCUGGGCUUCGCCAAGAGUGCUUUCCAGGAGACGUGGUAUUGGCCAGGGGAAGUAGGCGCCGACGACGUGGUGAUGAGCGGCGUCCGCUGCUCUGGAACUGAGAUGUCUCUGUCCCACUGCCUGCACCAUGGAAGCCACGUCAGCUGCUCCAAGGGAGGCGGACGCAACGCGGCUGGAGUCUCCUGCUCUGAGACGGCCCCCGAUCUGGUGCUGAACCCUCAGGUGGUGGAGCAGACCACCUACAUGGAGGAUCGGCCCAUGUUUAUGCUGCAGUGUGCGUACGAGGAGAACUGUCUGUCCACAAACUCCGGCCAGGUCCCGGCCAACUCCUACCGCCGCCUGCUGCGCUUCUCCUCCCAGAUCCACAACAACGGCCAGUCCGACUUCCGCCCCAAAGCUGACAGACACUCGUGGGUGUGGCACGACUGCCACAGGCAUUAUCACAGCAUGGAGGUGUUCACCACCUACGACCUGUUCAGCUUAAAUGGAACCAAAGUGGCCGAGGGGCACAAAGCCAGUUUCUGCCUGGAAGACUCGGAGUGUGAUGAAGGAAUUGAAAAGAGGUAUGAAUGUGCCAACUUUGGAGAUCAGGGCAUCACCGUGGGCUGCUGGGACACGUACAGGCACGACAUCGACUGCCAGUGGAUCGACAUCACUGAUCUCAAACCCGGGGACUACAUCUUCCAGAUUAAAAUUAACCCAAACUACGAAGUACCAGAGACGGACUACAGCAAUAACAUCAUGAAAUGCAGAUGCAGAUACGACGGCCAUCGUGUCUGGAUGUACAGCUGCCACAACGGCGGCUCAUUAAGCAGUGAAACGGAGGAGACGUUCCCGGGUCUCCUCAACAACCAGGUGACCCACAGGUAAAUUCAAAGAAGAGGAGUGGAGUCAACUGGCCAUUCCCUCUCACGUAGGAAGACCAAUCUGAAGCGACCACUACAUCAUUCCAUCUGAGCUGGGUUUCCAGCCCGGCCCUGACCAAAAGCAUCCGCCUCCUUCGUCCCUCCACGCCCUUCUCCCCCUCCAGCUGAAAGCAUAUCUGAUUCCCUCUGGCCGAGCUGAGGCAGCUCUACCCACACAUCCAAGUCCCUAUGAAAACCAAGGGAACGGUGAAGCUCUAUACCAGCCCUGCGACUGAGAGGCCGCCUUUCUCUGGAAUGCAUCAACGUUUCUAAUCUACAUGUAGCAUUAUGAAUGUCAAGUCACAGAAAUGCAGCAUUUUAAAAGAACCCUCCCCCCCUUUUGAAAGCUUUUCCUGUGUUCCUGAGUCGGAAUGUCUCUGCUAGAUCACUUUAAGACAGAAAAAAAUCACUGAUAAUAGCAGCCUGCGUUGGGAAAUGAUGGCUGCUUGUGUUUCCUCCCUUUUCACCAGCGCCAGAGUUGUAACACAAGGCCAUAUAAACCCAGACUGCAUUAAAAAAGCAUUUCAGGGGCACGUCAGAAUCCUCUGAAUUGCUUUUUAGGAGUGUGAUGCGAUUAAGCUGCAGUAGAAGCAGGUCCCUCAAAAAGAAGAUUUGUCACCAGUCGUAAGCGAUGACUCCCAGCUUCAGCCAUAAGACUGAUCUGAUCUCCUGCAGCUAAAAUGUGAUGUGAUAAAGCGUCUUAACGAGAGACCUGUGCCGAAAAUACUGCAGCAUUUAUCCUCCGAUCUGCUCCGCACACCAAAGGAAUAGUCUUUAGGGACAUUUCAAAGAAGAAUUGCACUAUUUUCCUGUUGGUGGGUCAGUUUCAUCAAAGUGUUGUUGGAAAUGGCCUCAUUUCUUUAAAGAUACUCCUGAUAAGAGCGACUGAACGCUCUUUGAAAAGGCUGGCUCUGCUGCUCUCUAGUGGUGUGACUUCCUACCGCGCUGCAGGGAGAGCUGAACCUUGAAACAUCGUACAGUGCUUUUCAUCAUACUUAUGUGCUGCCUGGCCUCUUUAACUCUAUAAUAGAUACUCUAUAAUAUGAGAGAUGUGAGGAUGGAAGAGCCGAGAAUGAAUAGUCUUAGUUUUAUUGACAAGAAAAUGUGUUUAACAUGUUUAGGUUGUAAUGAUUGAACCAUGUUUGGGUGAUGAGCUGAGACCUCUGGGGCCCUGUUUCAGGAUAAUGUGGGUAUAGAAAAAUGGAUGGAUGGAUGGAUGGUUGUAGUGCUGGGUGGUAAGACCAAAAAUAUAUAUCACGGUAUUUUUCAAAAUGAUAUCGGUUUCACGGUAUAUCACGGUAUUUUUUUUUUUCAUGCAAAACUGGGUGUUAACCACAUUUUUUAAUUAUUUGGAAAGGAAUUGCUGCAGUAAAUUGCCUUAGAAUGGCCUAUUUUACUGUCAUGAGGAGGAUGCAUAAAUCAAAUACAUUUGAUUUAGGCAUGCUUUUCAAAGAAAAAAAUCUUUUACAAAAUUACAAGGUAGAAAAUAUUUAUUGAACAUAAAAAACUGAACAUUUUUUAAUUUCCAGCAUUAUGUUGUUUUGGUUCCACUUCCUGGUGAAUGUUAGGUAAAAUUCUUAUGCGGUUUCUUUUUGGUUGGCCAACGAUUUAUGUUUGUGGUGCGCAACCGGUACGGGAGCGGCCAGUCUAUUUCCUUAUAUUACAACGCCGUUAUUAAGUGUUCGGUUUUUUUCCCACUUAUUCCACCAAACACCGAAAGUGUAUUUUUUGCCAUUUUCGACCGAACAAUUUUGGUUACCGAACAAUCGGUGAAUCACUACUAAUAAACAGUCCCCUCACAAACAGUGUCCAGCGGCGGGCGGCGGAACGGCUUUCCCAACGUUCCCAACGUUGUGUACGCUACUUUACAUACUCACCGGUAUGACGGUAUAUGAAAAAUUCAUAUCAUAAGAAAAAUAAACACCGGUAUUCGUUAUGAACCGGUAUACCGCCCAGCACUAGAUGGAUGGUUGUAGGACUGAUGUUAUGCCACUUAAUGACCACUUAUUAAGACUUUUCCGUAGGACAUACAUAAAUUUCCUCAGUCCGAGCUCCUCCACAAGCUUCCUCUCACCUCCCUCCUUGAUAUGUAAUGAUAAUAAAGUGAUAUGUAAGUCCUCAA